UUGCUACAUGAAUCUUAAUCGUACGGAAUAUUCAGUAUGAUUUAUUUUGAAAUUAAUUCCUAAAUUGGAAUUGAAUACAUGAGGGUCACUUAAUGUCAUUUUCCUAAUUUACAUAUUUAUGUUCCCAAAACAAAGUUUGGGAGCAUAUUGUUUUUACUCGGUUUCUUACUAUUAUCAUUAUUUUUCUCCGGUACUUUUUUGUCCGGAGUGUUCUCAUAAACUACACGAAGGAUCGAUAUGAAACUUUCCAGGAUGAUAGUGUAGCAUUUGUAGAUGUGCAGAACGAUAGUCAUUUUGUCAGCACGUGCAUGGAGGCACAUGCACGUACAUUGCAAUUUUGGUACAAAAUAUUCGAAAUCAGAAUACACAAGGGAUGGACAUGAAAACUUAAUAGGAUGAUAGUAUAUGAUUUGUAGAUGUGCAAAAUGAUGGUAAUUUUGUCUGCACGCACGUGUAUGCGCAUGCACGUGCAUCACAUUUUUUGUAUACUAACUUUUUAAUCAAUCUAACUUUUUUGUUGUUCAUUGACAGGGUUUGAUAUUCAUAUCAUAGGUAGAUAUUGAGACCCUUAACCGAUUUGCGUGGUCAAAAUUACCAAACUGCAUGCGUAUGCACGUGCGCUUCUUUUUGAUUGGAUAAUACUUAAACGUCUGUAACUCUCUUGAGCAAGUGAAAGUUUUACACUUCCUUAAAAAUCGCUUCACAAAUUUCACACCUAUCUCAUUCACUGAUAUAAACAAAUUACAGCUUUUGUAUUUCACAUAGUAUUUUACAUUACAUGUAAAUUUACUUAACGACUUGUUAAGAGCAUUAUUUUCCUCUAAACGUAUAUGUAGCAUGUCCGGUUGAUUCGACAUGGUAUAGAUGAUAUAUAGUUAUUGCAAUUGGCUAUGUGUCCGUGGACACGAAACAGGGUAUUGGUCAGUUUAUCCUCUGGAAGGAGGAAAUUACAGACAUCCUGCAUGGUAAACAUAACUGGUAUUCCAAUGUUUAUACUGCAUACAGCUUAUGAUAAAACAAUUAACUCUGAUAAACAUGUAUCUAAUUCAUUUAGCUAUCUGAAACGUAUUGAAACAGGAAUUACAAAUGUCAUGUCUAUUGUUUCAAAGAAUGUUUUACCGUUAUAAACAGGGGAUGCUUACUCCUCCUAGGCACCUGAUCCCACCUCUGGUGUGUCCAGGGGUCCGUGAUUGCCCAACUAUCUAUUUUGUAUUGCUUGUAGGAGUUAUGGGAUUGAUCACUGUUCGUUAUCUUCAUCUUGCAUUCGUAGACAAUAUCAGUUUUAUUUGACCCACGAACAUAAACAAAAUCGUCCAAAAAUGACGUUGCCUGAUAACCCAGUAUACGAGUGCUGUUCAAUAUGUAAUGUGAAUUGUACCACAGCGCGUUAACGCUUUGCACGAUUUCGUGGAUGAUGAUACUCUUGAAUAGCUCUAUUCAAUAUAAACACGAGCCUUCAGCUCCGCAUCAUUUUAAACUUAUAGUCAUUUCAAUAGAGUCAGUCGUCGACCACUGUUGUAAAAAUGUUUGGGAAACGGGUUGAGAAUAAUGAAGACAUUAGAGCUUAUAUAAAAGUUCGCACAAAACUCAGUCAUUCGGUAAUGCAGAUUUUUACUGAAUUGGGGGAAAUUUAUGGGUCUGAUAAGGUAUCUUAUGAGACAGUUCGUAGGUGGGGAAAGACAUUUUUGACUUGCGCAGAGUCCGUCAAAGAUGCAGCAAAAUCUGGCCGACCUGUGACUGUAACAGGCAAGGCAAAUGUCUCAAAAGUCAUGGAAAUAAUUGAAAGUGAUGGCAAAUACACGAUUCAUGAUAUUGCCAAAGCUGUUGGCAUAUCGCUAUCGUGGGUGGAUUUUAUUUUGAAAGUACGAAAUAUUUCUGCCAGAUGAAUACCGCAUAUGUUGACAGACAAUCAAAAACGGGUAUGAGUACAAACCGCUAAGCAAUUCCUCAGUUUGCAAACAUUGUUACUGGUGACGAAACAUGGGUUACUAUUUCGAACAAAUAAGAAAAAAUGGAAACAAAAUAUGGCUAACUAAACACGGUAGAAGGCCUGUAGCUGCCAACAGAACUAUAAGCACAAAGAAAGUUCUUUAUUUCAUAUUUUUCUCAUGUGAUGGUAUAGUCGUACAAAUUCCGGUGCCGAAGGACAAAGGUGUUACAGGGCGGUAUUACCGAUAUGUUAUACUAAAAAAGCUCAAGAAAUAUUAUCAUAAGCGACUCUCCGUUUUGGGAUUUAGGCAUGUUCGUCUACUUCAUGAUAAUUCUCCAUAACAUACAUCUGUGCUUGUGAAGCAAUUUUUGAAGUUAGAGAAGGUUGCCGUUUUCCCACACCCACCAUACUCUCCAGAUUUAGCCUCAUGCGAUUUUUUCCUUUUUCCAAAACUUAAUAAGUUCUUAUCUGAUCGUCGUUACAAGUCCCGGCAAGCCCUUGGCUCAGCCAUCAGUCCGUGCCUCAGAUGUCUACCUAGAUCAGCGUACCCUGACGCAUUUCAGAAAUAGAUUCAAAAAUUGAAAUUAUGUAUUUCAAAUCGCGGAGAAUACUUUGAAGGGAUGUAAUGUUCAUUUCACUAUUUGAGUUGAAUGUUUUUGAGAUAUCGUACAAUACACAUUACCUAUCGAACAGCCUUCGUAUCAAUGCUUUGUUAUACACGGUCAGCUUUCAAUAAGGUGACUUGCGUAGUAAUUAGAAAAAGGCACUUAGUCAACAGAUCGAUAGAGGACGACAGUACAAGGAAAGUAUUUAAAGAGUUGGAGUUUUGAAAAAAAAAAAGAAGCAAUUAUGAAAAUAAUUUAUUCCAUUUGUAAUUACUUUCUAUUAGGGAAAAUUGUAGGUAUAUAACAGCACACUAUACUGUGCUAUACGUAACAUUGUAAAAUAAAUUAUAUGUAUAUUACAGCUUGCAUCCAGUACAUCAACAUCUUUCGAGAAAGAUUUGGGCAACUUUUAUUAAAGAUGUAAGGCCAGUAUAACGAAGAGUGUUCGAUCUCAUAACUUCUAUAAGCAAUACAAAAUAGAGAGUUGGGCAAACACGAACCCCUGGACACACCAGAGGUGGGAUCAGGUGCCUAGGAGGAGUAAGCAUCCCCUGUCGAUAAUCAAUUUCUCUCCAAGUUUCUGUUAUUCUCCAACUCGUACGCUCAUCAAGUACUAUAUGCUACAAUUUUUUUAUCUUCUUUUCUUUGUUUUAAGUGUAUGCUGUAAAGGGAAGAAUUGUUGCUUUGUUGCUUGGCGAUAUUUCAAUUAUAUUCAACCGGCACCAACGGGAAGAAUGAUGAGUGUGCAAAUAUGAGAAAAUGAAAAUCCUAUUUCUAAAGAGUUAGAUAAAGAUCAAUCAAAAAGUAGCCCUUCACCUUUCCCGCUAGUUGGGAGUUUCUAAUAUGCUAUUCAUCAGUAACAACUCUUGCGUAAGCGACAUUUCUGGCUAGGGAAGUUGUUUGACUUCAAGUUUACAGUAUAAAAAAUACUAAAUCUGGACUUGAGCAUAGCGAUUUUACUCAUUCCUACUUCUCAUCCAAUGCAUCUAACACUGUAGAGGUAGAUAUGUUAUGGUAAUUAUUAAAGUAAAAUCAUAAACUUUUAAAGCUUUCUGUGACAUUUUCUAUAACUAACUCUACACAUUGUCUUUUACUUUUUCAUACCAAGUGAAAUAUUAAAAAUGCUAAGUACUAUUAAUUCUAUAUGAUUAUUUUUCUAUAUUGAAUUCCAUAGAAAACAAAUAUACCAUGAAAAUUGUAAUCAUGUCUUUAUGUUAUCAAAUAAUUGUGGUUGCGCAACAUGAAUUCGAACACAAAAGAGUUCAUAUUGUAUGGUAUGCUUAUAUGAAUUAUCUAAUGACUUUCAACUUCAGUCGUCUGCUUCUGCAAUGGUUCUGUAAGUUCAGACAAGAAAUUGUAUGAUGUAUUCAUUUUGUAUUUAAUUGAUGUAUGUUUUGUCUAGUGAAUAAAAGAGCGUUGAAAGUGAAAGCGUUACCGAAACUGAUGUAAGUAUGUCGAUGACACACUACUGAUUGCUAUUGAUAUUCAAUAAACAAUUCGAUUCUUUUGUAAUAACCCUUUGUCUAGUGAAUAAAAGAAUAUGAACAUUGGCUGCUCUGAACGCGAAACUGAAACUGGUAAAACCUGUAAAAUGAAGCAAUACCUGCUGCUAUUGACAUUCAAUAAACAAUUUUAUUCUUUUGUAAUUCAUUCAUGUAGAAAUGAAUGAAUUGUUUUUUUUUCGCUCCAGGUAUACAAUGUUUUCUUUCUUUACACUUGUUUCAGAAAAUAAGUGCACUUGAUCUAGGCCCCAAAUUUUGCAAUCGAAGAUGUUUAAGUAUUGAAUGCCGUAUUUACCGGUCGCUAUAGACACAUUUACAAAACUAAAAAAUCCAUUUGAAGAUCACAAGUGGAAUAGUUGCAAGAAUCAUUGGCUGGGAAAAUUCACUGUCUAUAGCCAGGUACCCCUUUUACACUUGAGUGGAGUUAGGAAAUUCAUGUAAAGUGCCUUUCCCAAGGACAGAACGUCGGUCUUGCCGCAGCCAGGACUCGAACCCACGACCUUUCGGUCGAUAGUCUGACAGCCGAACCACUAGGCCACCGACGACAAAUGGUUGCAUCAUCGUCUUUCAAGAUGUACUAGGAAAUAUAUUCCUAUUAUCUAUACAUUGAAACGCUUGUGACAAAAAAGCUAUGGUUAAACAUUUUUUGUUCAUUUGGAUUUGAUUAUACUGGAAACUACGAUUUUGGAAGUUAUAUCUUUUUGUGUGUAGAUUAUGUUUGUUAUUUAUUGUUCAACAACCAUAAGUUAGUAUUUUGCUAUUGUUACAAUUAUCUUUCAAUUAUUGAUUGUAAAUAAACCCUAUUAACUGAUCAAUUGUCUUUUGUUAGUAAAUUCUGCUGCGCUUUAUUAAGGGUUUGUUCUGACCCACAACAAUAUAAACCUGUUUUAUAUUGAUUAAUUAACGGUAUAUCAUUUUUUCGAUUUGUCAAUUUUGAAUGUUAAAAUGGGUAAUAUAAGCCAUGAUAUGUUAUAGUACGGUAAAUGGCAAAUCAAAUUGUAUAAAAUAAGAUCCAUAUAUGUCAUCUGGUAUGGAAGAUUUAAGGUUUAAAAGAUAAACAUGAAAUGAGUGUAACCGCCAGGGUAGAGAUAUUUCAUCGGGAAAUACAAUCAAGACCAAAGAGAAAAUUCUGACGACAAUGUUUAAUUUUUUAUUCUACUAUGGUAAUGUUUUUACGAAAUGAAUCUUUAGUAGAACUAUAGGCAGAAAUGACUCUUUAGCAUGAAGAUACAUGUACCUAUUGGGCAAUGUACAAGUGUGUAAACGGUAGACAUAGGAGGGAUUCAUCUUUCAGAUUUUAUUGGUUUCCCUUUGUUCUAUAUUUACGCCCCUAUAUAUAGACUUGUAUAUGUAAUCGAAUAUGCUUUGCUUUUUAAAAUCCUUUACUCUGUUAGUCGAAUCAAGUGAUACACAAAGAUCAUGAACUGAUAGCUUGUGAAUGGAAAUGAUUGAAAGAUAAUCGUAAAAUUCGUUAAAAACAUACAAUCACAACGAUCACAAAUGUUAUCAGACAUUCACAUUUUCUCAUUUAUUCAAAUAUUGCGUGAAAGGUGAAGAUAACGAAGAGGGAUCAAUCUCAUAACUCCUACAAGCAAUACAAAAUAGAUAGUUGGGCAUACACGGACCACUGGACAAACCGGAGGUGGAAUCAGGUGUCUAGGAGGAGUAAGCAUCUCCUGUCGACCGGUCACACCCGCCGUGAGCCCUAUAUCCUGUUCAGGUAAACGGAGUUAACCGCAGUCAAAAUCAGUGUACCAAGAACGGCUUAACAAUCGGUAUGAAAAACGUGUCAGACAGCAUUUGAGGUAGGUUGUAUUACCGAACUAGAUCGUUAUAACGACCAUAGAAUUUGCGAAAUGCUGACUUCAAUCGAGAUUGUUGGAACCCCUGUACCAUCAACUUGUCUGUCAGUAGCUUACCUCGAUUUAAAAACGGACUAUACCCAGAACAAGCUCUUGCAUAUCGAAUCAGAUGAGAUAUAUAAACGCCAUAUGCAGCUGUAUUGAAUUGAUUCUCUAUGACAAAACACGGAGUUUGGACAUUGAAUAGUCUGCAGAAUAUUUCUUUAUGCAUCUAUUUAAACAAGAUAGAUCUAGUGUUGUUUACUCUUGACUAACUGUUUUGCAGUAAUUCUAAUAUGGCAGACGAAUCAUUGGAAUCCUUUCUAGAGAGAUUGGGAUUGGGAGAUACAAUUGAUGCGCUCAGGAAAGAAGAUAUUGAUCUAAACUUACUGCAAAAAAUGACGGCUGAAGAUCUAAAGGACACCGGUAUCUCUCUCGGAAAACGGAUAAAAAUAAUAGACGCAAUAAAAACCAAAGAAACCGUGAGAGCAAUAGUCGGGACAUUUGAAGAAAACACUAAUAGGGGAGCUCGUCAUUCUAAUCCAACAUCUGCUCCAUCCAAUCCAGACGUUAGAGCCAAGAAACAAGUGAUGGGCAACUACAGAAACUGUCACGGAGACUGGAUGGGGAAAGAGAUUAGAAUAGUGUUGAUUGGUAAAACUGGGAGUGGGAAAAGUGCCACAGGAAACACCAUUUUAGGAGAGAAAUUGUUUCAAUCAUCUGUUUCGGGGUCAUCUGUGACAAAUAAGUGUUCGAAACAACACACAGUUCGAUUCGACAAAAAAAUUCUAAUUGUUGAUACACCUGGCAUUUUUGACACUAGGGACUCAAAUGAAACAAUCCAACACGAAAUUGCAAAAUGCAUAGGCAUUACAUCGCCCGGUCCUCACGCUUUUAUUAUGGUACUAAGCACUACAAGAUACACAGAGGAAGAACACAAAUCCAUUAUGCAUUUUGUCAACCACUUUGGUGACGACAUCUUCAAGUAUUUCAUUGUUCUUUUUACACGAAAAGAUGAACUUGAUGAGGAAGGAAGAACUUUAAUGCAACAUAUUGACACAGUUCCUCCACAUUUAAUACAAUUUAUACAGAAGUGUGGCGGUAGAGUCAUUGCAUUCAACAACAGACUUAAGGGAGAACAAAUGGAUGCACAAGUUGUUGAGUUAUUGUCGAUGAUCUUGGAAAAUGUAGACAACAAUAAGGGCAAGUGUUACACAAAUCAAAUGUAUAUCGAAGCUGAAAAGCUGAUCAAGGAAAGAGAAGAGGCGGAUUUAAAGAUCGCAAAAGAAGAACGAGAAAGAGAACUCAAAGCAAUUGAAAUCAAGCUAGCUGAAAGGUAUGAAAAACAGUUUGCAAAACAACAAGAAAUGUUUUCUAAAACACAAUUUCAGCUUGACGAACUGACAAGAAAGCAUCGGCAAGAUGGGGAACAAUCGCAGUCUCUUAAACAGCAGAUCAAAGAAUUACAAAAUGAACUAAAAGAUUGCAAAGGGGAAAACAAAAAAGCGUUGAAACAAUCAUUAGAAAAGCUACAGAGCGAAAUGUCUACCAACAAGGCUGUAAGAGAGAGAGACGCACGCGAAAUCAAAGAACUGCAAAAGAAUAAGGAAAUAGAAAGAAAACUUCGAGACGAUCUGAUGAGAAAGCAGGAGGGGGAAAGGGAAAGAAUGGCCCGUGAAGCAAAUGAGAGAUACAGAAGAGCAGAAGAAAAUACUCGGGACAAAUGUAGGGAAGAAAUAGAACAGGAAAAGGGCUUUUUCACGAAAAUUAAAGAUACAGUUGUGUCUUUCAUAAAGAAGCUGAAUCCAUUGAGCUGGUUUUAAUGAAUGCAUCAUUUAAGAAACACUAGUAACAGGCAAAAUCAAUUUUAACAUGUAUAUAAAAACAUUGAAAUUUUCAAUUAAUGAAUUAUAUCCACGAUAUGUCACAUGUAGGCAUGUGCGCAAAUGAAUUAUUUAAAGCACACGUACAGUCAUUCAUAACUUGAAACCGAGCAAAUAAAGAAAGCACAAAGGAAAACGUUUCACAGCAACUUGAGAUUGCAAUUGUUGAAUUAAUGAGAAGCUUUUCUACACACGAAAUCAACCGAACUUACUCCAGCGUUGUAUAGAUGUUUUCUGCAGUCAAUAAAGAGACAACGACAUGAAUUAAAUGAGGUGAAAUUAGCUUUACAUCAAUCUGGAAACUGAUAAUAUUCAAAUUAAACAGGGAUUAGAUGAGUUUUGAAAAUUGCACAUACACCAAAAGAAAACAAACCCAGCGUAACGGGAUAUGGGGAAGAAUUUUAGAAAAAAGAUAUUUAAAUAAAGAAAUUCCAAAUUCAACUACUGCAUUGUAGUGACAGACUUUUACAGCAUUGGUUUGAAACAUUAACAUAUAUAUUAAUUUUACUUGUGACACCGAAUUAAAUUGAUUCAUUUGACUAAACAUAGUUGCCAUUUAAUCGCGCUAUAUGACGUCCUAGGAAUGCAUCUAACUGCUCACGUUUCAUUGUGUUGCUACGGCAAUAUUAAUCUCCAACGUACAAAAUUCAAAUUUUCUACAGAUAUUAUCAAACGAAAGUUAGUAAAUAGAAUUAUAAAAUAUGUUCAUAUUCACUUUAUACGAUAUAAAGUUAAGUUGGAACAGUUUACAUUAUUUUAUAAACCAAAUAGCCUGAGGUCUUGCUCUAUAUAUCGUACUUUUAAAUAUCAUUUGAUUAAUGCUUUAUUUAUUUCUUGUAAAGAUAUGCCAUUUAUAAUUAUGUUUAUCUUAAAGAAUAAGACGUUGGGGUUCAGAUCACACAUACUAAUAUAUAUAUGGUUCUCCAUCCAUCAAUAAUUCUACUGUGAGGCUCCGACGUAGGACAACUUUCGUCCGCCACAGUAACAUUGUGCGCGACAUAGUAUAGUAUGCGACUCAAUAAAAUAGAAUAACAACAAUGUAAGAUAUGUGCAGAUUGUGAACGAAGCUAGGGCAAUGAGAAAGAAUUCUUGUUGAUUACUACAUCAAAGUAAACUUGAAUACGAUAGUGAUAUGAUGGCGAGGGACAGUGAUUUAUGUCUCAGUAUGGUGAUAUCAUACACGGUAAUUAAGUAUAGGUGUGGAUGGAAAGUACUAGCCCAUUGAUUUUGAAUCGUCGAGAUUUACUUGGUAAUAUACGCAUAUAGAGCAAUGCCGGGGCCUGAUACGAGUUCCCAUUUGAGGGAACAACAACUUCGUGGAAACCAAGAUUGAUUAAUGUUUAAAAUUUGUACCAUAUAUAAAUUAAUCAAAUGUUUAAUAUUUGUGUGUGUUUGUGUGUGUUUUGUUGUGGUUGUAAUAAUUCAUGUUCUAUGUUUAUAAUACAUUAUAUGAUACAGUAUCAAAGACAAAGAAGGUCAUGAGGCACUUCGCGCACAGUCUUUUCUAAAUGUCAUGAAACACUUGAGUACCUUCGACUAGCGCCUUUGCUUCUUCAGGAGUUUGGUGAAUGUAGCUUAGUUACACAUGGAAACAGUGAUUAGAAUUAUAGUACUUUUUAUGGAAGACGGAAUAUUUAAGACGGAAGAUUGAUGCAGACGGAAGAUUGAUGUUGUGGUACCUUAUUGAAUUUCAGUCGAAUUCCUGUGUUCAUGCUUGGAUAUUGGGGGGGGGGGGGGGGGGAUGCUAUAAAAAUCAUAUUUACUUGUCUCAAAAUUUCGUAUGAUAUUCACUCUGUAUAUCGGAUAAUUUAUUGGUCAUUUGUUUUUUGGAUAUCCAUUGCUUUUGGUAGUUAUAUAUAUUUCAGUAGGAAUUAAAGACCAAAUGUCCCUCA